GUUGGUUUUUGUGGAGAGGAUAAGGGAACCGCGACGCGACCUGCGGGGAGAAAUGUUGUAAAAGUUUUGUUUUAUACCCGCGUUUUAUCACCAGAUUUCAGCUGGAAAAGGAGCCAACUAAUCGCCCCAAGUUCAGAGACUUUGGGCAGGGUGCUGUCCUGUGGGAUGGAUGACGCCCAAGAGCAGGACCACUACGAGGAGCGCCUGAAAGAAGUCUUUAACAGUUUCGACACCAGCGGCUGCGGCUCUCUGUGCCCAGAGGAACUCUCUGACCUCUGCCAGUCGCUGCACCUGGAUGAUGCCACACCAGCUCUCCUCCAUACGCUGCUGCAGAACCAGGACCGCCUCACUGCCAGGGUUGACUUUGACCAAUUCAAGAAUGCACUGAUUCUGGUUUUGUCCUCAAACAUUGAGCCACCUCAAGCAGAACAGGAAACCUUGCCAAAACCAGAGUCUCCAGAGAUCCAACCAAAGUUUGUGAAGGGCAGUAAACGUUACGGCCGCCGCUCCACACCGGAGUUCAUAGAGCCUAUUUCAGACUUAUCUGAAGCUACCAAUGGAAACCCGGCGGAGGGAGAGGAUCUGGAGGACAACUAUGACUCAGCUGUUCCCAGGAAGCGUGAGCGCUGGAACGCUCACGAAACAAGCACAGAGGAGUAUGAGGCAGAAGGUCAGAUGCAUCUCUGGAACCCAGACGAGCCGAGCACACCUCGGGGAUCCAUCGUUCCUCUGUCGUCCCAUUUAGAGGAGAGGCUGCAUGAGGCCUGUGAGGAGCUGGGCAUAUCGUGGGACAGAUGUGCCGGUCACACUGAUCUACUCGCUCUCUGUGAACAUCUGGGCCUGGAGAUAACUGGGGAUGUUCUCCUGAGUCUAACUGGUGAUGGAGUGAUGAAUGUGCAGGAGUUUGUAUCCAGGGUUGUAAACCACAACACUCCCCCCACACCCUCAGCCUCCACACCCUACAGACAGCUUAAACGACAUCACUCCACACAGCCUUUUGACGAGGGAGGCCGCAGGAUCGCCACCCCCUCUGCUUUGACCAGCACCAUCGGCAUGCGUCUCUUCUCUUCCCUUGAUGACGGUACUGGUUUCACUCCAGUUGAAUACAUCCUGGAUGCCUGGAUAGAAGAAGGCAUCGAAAACAGCACUGAAAUCCUGCAGGCUUUGAAUUUCAACCUGGAGGGAAAACUGAGUCUUAGUGAUCUCACCAUGGCACUUGAAAAUGAGCUGCUUGUUACUAAGAAUGGGAUUCACCAAGCGGCACUGGCGAGCUUCAAAGCUGAGAUCAGACAUCUCCUAGAGUGUGUGGACAGGGAACUCAGGGAAAAAGAGAAAAUCCGAUCGGACCUGGAAAAAGCAGAAAAGUUGAAAACUCAGCUCGCCACUGAGGUGGACGAGCACCACUCUGCCAUUGAACACACGAAUAACCUGAAGCUCAGGAAGCUUGAGCAGGAUCACAAAGAGAAGCUAGCAGCAGUGCGAUCAGAGCUGAUGAAGGAGAUGGACCAGAUCCAGCAGCAGGCGGGCCUGCAGCGAGAGGAACUGGAGGCAGAGAUCGAGAAGAUCAGGGAGGAUGAGUCUUUCCUCAGAGACCACCUCUCCAUUUCUGUAAAGGAAAAUAGACGUCUUGAAAUGGAGCUGCUGGACAGCACGGAAAAACUAGUGGAGGCACAAAGCCAAAUUACAAAACUCCAGACAAGUUUGGACAACAUAAUGAAAGAAAAGUUUGGAGACUUGGACCCUGGCAGUGCAGACUUCUUCCUCCAGGAGGAACGUAUUAAACAGCUACGCAGCAGCUAUGAAGCUCAGUGCAGGGAGCUUCAGGAUCGUAUCGACGAGCUGCAGUCAGAGUUGCAGGAGUUCCACAGUCUUGGUCGAGUUCAUCAGCCCUGCCACAAACCCCUCUCUGAAGAGCUGGAGAGUAAAAGCCCCGGCAUGGAGUCUGAUCCAGGCAUCGGCUCAGAGGAUGUUCAGCCUUUCAGCAUGAGCCUGGAGGCAGAGAUGAUGCUGGAGCAGCUGAAGGAGCAGCACCUUCAGGAAAUGGAGGAAUUGCGAAACCAACUGGAAAGCAAAAUCAAUGAAUUUGAUAAGAUGGUAGAGAAGCAGAGGGUGACCCAUGAGGACCAGAAGGCUUCCUUAGCCCUCCAGUACCAGCAGGAGGUCCAGGCUUUGAGGGAGGAGAUGGCCAGCGUCCAGAGCCAGGCACAGGAGCUCCAGAGCCAGCUAGAGCAGGCGGAGCUGGAGCGGACCUGUCUGGAGCAGAAGCAGGCCGAGGAGAGGGACGAGCUCGAAAACCUGCAGGAGGAAGAAGUGGGAAACCUUAGACAACAGCUGCUGCAGGCCCACACUUACACCGAAGACCUGGAGGAGCAGCUGAAGACCCUCGAAGAACAACAGGCUGAGAUGGACAAAAACCUUCACACUGAGAUAGAGGAGCUGAAAAAACUACACGCCAUUGAGAUUAAGAAACUAGAGGAGGAGCAUGUGGAACUUUCUGAUGCCAAAUUGGAAGAGGAGAGAAAUAAACUGCAGGAAGAAAAGGCUGAGCUGGAGAGGAGGUUGUUAGAUGAUUAUAAAAGGCAGAGGGAACUAUUGCAACAAAGCCAUGAGGAUGAACUGAGGGCUAAACUAGAGGAGGCAAAACUGAGGUUUGAGAAGGAGCGGGAUGAGAUCGUGCAGAGACUGACAGAGCAGUGGCAGACAGAGAGGGCUCAGCUGGACGAGCAGAAUAAUGAGUCUCUGCAGGUGUUGCUGGAGGAAGAGAUGCUGAGACUUGUCAAGGAACAAGAGGAGAAGGAGAGGAAGCUCAGAGAGCAGUGGGAGACUGAACGAGCCCAGCUUCAGCAGCGUCACAAGGAUGCUGUACUCGAACAAAUACUCCAAGAGAGACUGCAGUUACAGGAGCAGUUUGAGGAGAGGGAGAAAAAGCUGAAGCAGGAGUGGGAGAGGGAGAGACUGCAGCUGGAGGAGGAUUACGAAGGGAUGAUCCAGGACAGGUUGAAUGAAGAGAGGGAGAAGCUUGCGACAGAGACAGAGAAGGAGGAGAAGAGACUGGAGAACUUGAUGGCAGAGGAGAGGGCUCGUUUAGAGGAGAGCCACCAAGAGGCCAUGAAGGAGCUGACUGCAAAGCACACUGAGGAGAGGGACGCUCUCAGCAGCAUGCUGGACAAACUACGAGAGGACAUCGCUCAGGAGAGAUGUGAGGCCAGUCGUCUUGCUGAAGAAAACCUUGUCCUCAGACAAAAGAUUACUGCGUUGAAAGAAGAGGACUUGAAAGAAGUCCAGGAAGAGUUGAUACAAACUUUGGAGCACUUAAAAAAAGAGAAGAGCACUUCUCAGAAAGCAGCAGAAAAUUUCCAGGAAGCAGAGCUGCGUUUGCAGAGCCAGCAGCUCGAGGAUGAGAACGGGACACUGUCGGAGAAAAAUGCCCAAAAUAUGGCUGAUAUGGAGAAUCUCCGACAGCAGCUGGCAGAGCUGAUAAAGGAAAACGAGAGGAGGGAGGCAUUCCCCGCUGAAGAGAAGAACAAGCUGGCAGCUUGUGUGUCUGCUCUGGAGGCAGAGCUGACCAAAGCUCUGGAGGACACUGCACAGCUGGAGCAGAGGAAUAUCCAGCUGUCACAGCAGCUGUCUGACCUCAGAGAGAAGGAGGUCAAGUUGGACUCUGUGGAGAAUCAGCUCAGCCGCCUAGUAGAGGAGCGGAGGAGCGUGGAUAUGGAGACUCAGAACCUUCACAGCCAGCUAGCCAAAGCUCAAGACAGGGUCAAGACAGUGGAUGAAACUCUUCAGGCUGCGAACCAUCAAAGUGCUCGUCUUAAGUCAGACGUCCGUGUUUUGCAGAAGGAGAAGGAUUCCCUCAAACAUGAAGUCGCCGUCUUGCACAAACAGCUGCAGAAUGCCAACGAUAAAAACCAUGUUUUAGAGAUGGCCUUGCACUCAAGCGGUCUGCAGAAUCAGAGUAAAAAGAAGUACAGAGAUGAGAUGUCUCGGCUGAUGGAGCAAGAGCAGCAGCUGCUGAGGCAGGAAAACGAGAGGCUUCAGGCAGAAAUGCGCAACAUCAAAGGAGACCUCGUGCAGUCCAGAGAAAAGGUCCGUCAGCUCGAUGCGACCGUUGCCUCCUUGAAGCAGCACAAACAACAGAGUCAGUCCUCCCUGCUGAAGGCCUUGGAGCAGGAGAACGCCGCACUGAAGCAGGAGCUCGAGGCACAAAAGGAACUAACCAAGGACUGUGAAGCUGGACAAGGACACACAGAGCUGGAGAGCCUUAAGCAAGAAAAUGAGGCACUCAAAGCCCAAAUGGCUCGACUGUCUACACAGCUGCUAGAGUCGUUUCAGGCUCAGCUCGUUGGACUUCUGCCUCCGUCACCUCACAGGAUCCCCAGAGGGCAGCAUCGAGGCGAGGAUCCAGACAACAUGCAGGAUGAGAGGGAGAGGAAGAUGAAGAAUAUGGAGGAGCGUAUGAGAGAGAUUGAGCUGUCGCUGCACAACGUCAAACUGCUGCUCAAAGAGAAGGUCGCUCAGCUCAAAGACCAGCUUCACAAGAAUGGCAAAGCAGACGUGCUGAUCAAAGACCUGUAUGUGGAGAACUCCCAGCUGCUGAAAGCUUUGGAGAUAACCGAGCAGCGGCAGAAAAUCGCAGAGAAGAAGAACUACCUGCUGGAAGAGAAGAUCUCCAGCCUCAACAAGAUAGUACGAGACCUGAACCCGUCGCCUCUUUCCUCGCUACCUUACCACUAUAAAUGUUCAUAAUAUAUCACCUCAAAACCCGAGAGGUGCUCAGGACAUUAACAACACUCCAAAGUCAACCAUUAACUGCACUGUUUAUUGACGGCUACGUGUUUUUUCUGUCUUUAAAAACAUAUUUCUUAUUGAACCCUCCUGCAACAUGUCCAACCAAAUGGACCAAAAAAUGUUUCUUUGUUGCACAUCCACUGACAUGUUUUACUGUGUUAAAUAUGCAGUAUUUGUUCAUUUUAUUCUAAGCAAUAAUUAUCUUAAAUUGUGUUGGACCUAUGAAGAACCAAAUGUGAAGGUUGGACUGUAAAGAAAACAUGUUAUUUAUACAUUUUUUAAAACAGUAGCUGUUACUAGUAAAUGAGUAAAUAUUUUACCAUGACACUACAUUGCUCUCUCAAAGGAGAAAAGCGAUACUGAAGUGCACUUUUUAUGUAAGUGUUCUUUUGUCUAUGUUGUCAAAGAGAUUAAUUGUUAAUCUGUUUGUCUUUUAUUUCCUUAUCCCUUAUGUAAAGAGGAAACAGAAACCUGUCUCUCAACACUGAAAUCAUGUAAACAGAAAAGUUAAAUAAUCUGGUGACCUGGUGUUUGCUUUCAUGUAACACUACCUGGAGUUACAUUCACUUUAAAUGUCAAGUAGCUAUACUUGCUAUUUAUAUUUGAAAAAAAAAAAUGCUAUGAUCUGUGGCAAUAUGUAAAGUGUCAGUAUGUGAAGACUGUCAUUAUGAAUGUUUUCGAUUGAAAUGAAGGACCUUGUCUCUGUAAUUGCUGCAGAGUGAGCACUAAAGUUGAAAACAGGGUAAUGUUUUGUGUUUUCAGUGUAAAUAAAACACAUAAAUUGUG